AUGGCAUCUUUGAGCAUGACCCAGAUCAGAGCAUGGAAUUGGGCAUCUGGGUUUGGCUUGAAUCGGGCUGGGAAGGUUCAGGUUGGUCCCAGCAGCAGAGUUGGAUUUAAGGUGUUUGCUUCAGAGACUCAGGCUACAGAGCCUGAUCUUAGCGUCACUGUCAAUGGGUUGCACAUGCCCAACCCCUUUGUUAUUGGCUCAGGUCCUCCAGGGACCAAUUACACUGUCAUGAAGAGGGCCUUUGAUGAAGGUUGGGGUGCUGUGAUUGCAAAAACUGUCUCACUUGAUGCUGCAAAAGUUAUAAAUGUAACUCCUAGAUAUGCCCGUUUACGGGCAGGUGCAAAUGGCUCUGCAAAAGGAGAAAUUAUUGGGUGGGAAAACAUAGAACUUAUCAGUGAUAGGCCACUUGAAACCAUGUUGAAAGAAUUCAAGCAAUUGAAAGAAGAGUAUCCAGACAGAAUUCUGAUUGCUUCGAUCAUGGAGGAGUACAAUAAGGCUGCUUGGGAGGAGCUUAUCGAUCGAGUCGAGCAAACUGGAGUUGAUGCAAUCGAAAUAAAUUUCUCAUGUCCUCAUGGUAUGCCAGAACGCAAAAUGGGUGCUGCUGUUGGCCAAGAUUGUGCUCUUCUGGAAGAGGUUUGUGGAUGGAUAAAUGCUAAAGCCACAGUUCCUGUUUGGGCUAAGAUGACUCCCAAUAUAACUGAUAUUUCACAGCCAGCAAGGGUUUCUCUAAGUUCAGGAUGUGAGGGAGUAUCUGCCAUAAAUACAAUCAUGAGUGUCAUGGGAAUCAAUCUCAAUACAUUACGUCCAGAGCCUUGUGUUGAGGGGUACUCAACUCCUGGGGGGUAUUCUGCAAAGGCAGUCCACCCCAUAGCCCUUGGGAAGGUGAUGACAAUUGCAAAGAUGAUGAAGUCAGAGUUUGACAGUGAUAACUAUUCACUUUCUGCCAUUGGUGGUGUUGAGACAGGUGGAGAUGCAGCUGAAUUUAUUCUUCUUGGGGCAAACACUGUUCAGGUGUGCACUGGGGUUAUGAUGCAUGGCUAUGGUCUUGUGAAGAAACUAUGUCUUGAGCUUAAAGACUUCAUGAAAAAGCACAAUUUCACAACAAUAGAAGACUUCAGAGGGGUUUCUCUUGAUUACUUUACUACUCACACUGAGUUGGUGAGAAGGCAGCAAGAAGCAAUUCAGAAGAGGAAAGCCAUAAAGAAAGGCUUGCAAUCUGACAAAGACUGGACUGGAGAUGGUUUUGUGAAAGAAAGUGAAAGUAUGGUAUCUAACUGAAAUCUUCAGCCAAAUCAAGCAUCAUGCAACCUUUCUUACACAAUUUUUCAUUAUCAUGCAAAUGAGAAGGUGAAGGACAUUAUCCUCUGUUAUUAAUCAUGGAUAUUUAUCUUUCCAAGAACAUUAGAAUGUAUUAUGUCAGAAAAUAAAGGAAGUAUUUUUAACAAAAUUCUGGGAAGAUUAUCAUAAACCUUUACUUGGGUCA